UGCGCGCCAAAAUACGGGUAUAAAAGAUCAUAUUUAUAUGAAAAAUUUAAUAAAUUAAUAUAUUAUAUUUAAUCAUAUAAAAUUAUUAAUUAAUUUAUUGAAAAAUGCCAUUAGUAAAAAAACCUAUGCGUUAUGCACAUCCAGAGGGGCAUACGGAUGUAUGUUAUUUUUCUGGUGAAAAAAGAGGACUUAUUACUUGUGGAUCUGAUGGAGAUGUUCGAUUUUGGUUGAAUCUAAUGGAUGAUGAUCCAAAUGCAAGCUGUGUCUCAGAACAAGCUAUAUCAGUCAUAUCAAAAAAUGGGAAAAUAUUUGUUGGCAAUGAUAAUAAUACAAUUCAAAUUCUUAAUUAUCCAGAUCUUGAAAAAGAUGGAAUAAUUACUAGAUUUUCAGCACCAGUUUCAGCAUUAGCAACAACAAAAAACAGUAACAUUAUAGUAUCGGGAGGAUGUGAUAUGAGAAUACAAGUAACUGAUAUUAAUACAUCAGAUAAUAUAGAAUUAAUAGGUCAUGAAGCUCCUAUAUUAGGUUUAUCUUUGGAUCCAAAAGAAGAAUUUAUAGCAUCAUCAAGCGCAGAUGGCUCAAUUCGAGUAUGGAAUAUUAAAGAAAAAUGUGUUGUAAAUAUUUGGACUAAUGUUAUACCGAAGUGUAACUCAUUUUUUACAGCUAAAAUAUAUGGUGUGCCCUCAUUUCAUCCAAAGAAUGGAAGUUAUCUUGCAUAUCCUAAUGUAAAAGAUGUAAUUAUAAUUGAAAGAUCUUCUUGGAAGGAAUUGUUUCGUUUAAAAUGUAUUAAUAUAAAAACUGAAAUUAAUAUAUGUAAAUUUUCUGAAUGUGGCACAUUAUUAGCAGCUAGUUCAAUAUAUGGAGAAAUAAUUGUUUGGAAUGUAGAAAAUAAAGAAUUAAUUGGUUAUAUUGAACAUCAACAAAAUGCUAAAAUUACUGCAUUAGCUUGGAAUAUUGAUAAAUCAGAUGAAAUUGCAUUUUGUGAUUCUUUAGGUCAAUUAGGAUGUAUUGAUAUUAUAAUUUCUGAUAAAACAACAAGUAAUGAAGUAUGUUUAGAAACAAAUGGAGAUGUCAAAGAUAGUAAUAUUAAUGUCUUAGAAGAAGAAGAAGAUGAUGAUGAUGGAGAAAAUGUUAUAUCUUUAAAUAAAAUUAAAGCAUUAGUGGAGCUUGAUGAUGAUCAAAAAAGUCAUUCUGAUGUAUUAUCUGAAAAAUCUAAACAUGAUACAAAUGCUUUUAUACCUGAAAUUCAUUUACAAUCACCAUUUCAACCUGGUUCAUCUCCAGUACAUUUAUUAUCUCGUUUUAUGGUAUGGAAUGACAUAGGAAUGGUAAGGUGUUUUACUUCUGAAGAUGGAGAAGAAUCUAGUAUUGAAGUAGAAUUUCAUGAUGUAACAAUUCAUCGUAGUAUGCAUAUUAAUAAUUAUUUAAGACAUACAAUGGCUGCUUUAUCAUCACAAGCAUUUGCAUUAAAUUGUCCAUUAAGUAAUGAUAUUCGUAGUAAACUUGUUGUAAUAGUAUUACAAGGUUGGGGUUCAGGAAAUAAAGAAUGGUUUUUAGAUCUACCUGAAGGUGAAGAAGGGCAUUGCAUUGCAGCUGGUGAUAAUUUUGUAGCUCUUUCAACAUCUAGAAGAUAUUUAAGAAUUUUUACUGUAGGCGGCACGCAACGUGAAAUUGUUGCUUUGCCAGGUCCUGUAGUAGCAAUGAAUGGAUUUAAAAAUAAUUUAGUACUUGCCUAUCAUAAUGGAAUAGGGAUAUCAGGGGAUCAAUGUAUGAAUUUACUAUUAAUUCAAAUUCAAAGAUUAAAUUUAUAUAGUAAGACACUAAGUCUUCCAUUAUCACCAUCAUCAGAAUUAAUGUGGUUAGGAAUUACCGAUCUUGGAUCUCCUGUAAUAAUGGAUGCUGAUGAUAUUAUUAAAGUAUAUAAUAAAAAAUCUUCUUUAUGGAAAGUAGCUAGUGAUAUGAAUGAACAGUCUAAAGGUAAAGCAGAUCAUUAUUUUAUAAUUGGAAUAAGUGAAUUACAAAGUAUCGCUCGCUGUGUUUUAUGCAAAGGAAGUCAUUAUCCUCCUACUACACCUCGUCCAGUAAUCACAGAAAUAUCUUUAUAUCUUCCACUUUGUGAACUUGAAAGUGAAAAAACGGAGAAAGAAUUGAACUUAUGGAAAUUAGGAACUAAUCCUUUAGAAGAGAAUGAAGCAGUGUUAUCUCUUAUUGCGCUUGCUUGUCGAAGUAAUUUGGAGUAUCGAGCAGUAGAAUUAUGUGAACAAAUUGCUUCGGAAAAAGUUCUAGAAUUAGCAAUAAAAUAUGCACGAAGAAUAAAUCGAAUAGCAUUAUCUAAUAAAUUGGAGUCAAUUGCUGAUAUAAAAGAAGAAGAAAAGGAGAAGAAUAUAGAAAAUAGAGAUAACGAUAAUGAAAAUAUUAAUAAAAGUGAUGAUGAAUCACUGAUAGAUAAUGAUGUUGAAGAACUUUCAUUAAAUAUUAUAAAAAAACCAGAUAUAGAAAUUAAACCAUUAUCUAUGACUGAAGCAUUAUCAAUAAAAAGAAAUAAUCCUUUUUUAAAAAGCGGAAAUUCUCCAGGAACAAAAGGAUUAGCUGGUUUAGAUAUAGCUCCACAAAAGAUACAAAAGUUAACUUUAUCAUCAAUUUCUUCGAAGUUGAAGACAAAAGAAAUAAAAGAUGUAGUAAAAAAAGAAACAUUCAUUAGUUGGUAUGCUAAAAACAAAAAAAAUUUACAGGAAGAAUUUCCUGAUUUAAGCCCUGCAGAUUUAACAAAAUAUGCGUUAGCAAAAUACAAAGAAAAAAAUGAAAGUUCACAAAAUAAUAAUAUUUUGACAUCUUUAGAAUCAAAAAAAAGAAAAUUAAGUCCCGAAAAUGAAGAAAGCAAUAAAUCAAAACGAACUUCAAGUAAAAUACUUAGCUCAUUUGCAUUUGAAAAAUAAAUAUUUAUUUAUAUUUUAAAAAUACAAUAAAGCUUUGAUAGCAAAGAAUUUUAAGGAAAUUUGUUCAAUACAUGAUAGGAAUGAGUGAUAAAUUUUUUAUUUCAUGUAAUUGAUUAUUUUACUGUUUUGUAAUUUAUUUAAUUAAUAUUUUUUAAUAAUUUAUAUUAUAAUUAUUUUUUAUUAUUAUAUUAAUAAAAAUUAAAAUAUUC